CAAACACAACUCUCAGCUCACGGCGACGAGCGAGCGGGACGAGUCACCUCUCUAGUUCAGAAAGUUUUAACGCGUCAAUGUGAGAGCGCAAAGCAAAACCGGCUUCGGGGACCUCGAUGUGAAUGACCAUGGAACAAGAGGAGAGCAAAAUCUCGGUGUGGGUAUGCCGGGAGGAGAAGCUGGUGUCCGGGCUGUCCAGGCGCACCACCUGCGCGGACGUAGUUAAAGUGCUGCUGGAGGACCAGAACUUCCAGAAAGGCGCGAUGCUCACCGGACCUCCACAGUCGUACUGCAUCGUGGAGAAAUGGAGGGGGUUUGAGCGGAUUCUGCCGAAUAAAACCAAAAUCCUCCGGCUGUGGAGCGCCUGGGGCGACGAACAAGAGAACGUACGCUUCGUCCUGGUGAGGAGCGACGCGUCGCUGCCCAACAGCGGACCGAGAAGCGCAGAAGCGCGGGUCGUGCUCAGCAAAGAGAGCCCUUGCACCACCAGAGCCACCAUGCAGAUUUCACAGGACAAACAGCGGAGGAUCGUGCGGAAGGCUUUUAGAAAGUUGGACAAAAUAAACAGGAAAAAAGAGGAGGUUUCGAAAGACAAACCAUCUGCGGAGAAAAUGGAAACGCUCGUGCAUCUAAUCAUCUCGCAGGAUCAUACUAUCCGACAGCAGGUACAGCGAAUAAAAGAACUGGAUGGUGAAAUCGAAAGGUAUGAAUCAAAAGUUCACUUUGACAGAAUGAAAAUACACGGCGUGAACUACGUGCAAGACACGUAUUUGCUGGACCAAGGCUUGGAUACCGACCCCAGCGCGCACCCGGACGCGUCCUAUGCGCAGUUCGAGGAAUACGCGUCGCGCUGCGACCAAGUCAUUCAACUUCAGGAGGAACUAGCCGAGAGGGAAGCUCUAAUGGAGAUACUUACAGGCGAAAUACAAGAAGAGCUCAACCACAGGUGGAUGAGACGGCGACAGGAGGAGCUUUCCAGCAAAGACGCGGAGAGCACCGCAGAGGAAACGGUUCUCAAGGUGACUUCGGUCCCUGAGGAGCCGGUCCCAGAUGUUCCGGACCUCCUAACAGACAAUGAACUCCAAUUAGAGGAGGAGAGGAUCAAAACACAACUGGAUACGAGUUUAUACAUAGGGCUGCGCUUGAACACCGAUCUGGAGACGGUGAAGAGCGACUUGGAUAUGAGUCAGGAGCUUUUGGACGCGAAGGAAAAGGAGUUGAGGGAAUUACUCGAGAAGGUUCACCGAUUAGACGAGCUGGAAAGCAAACAGGAGGAUGAGAGCAAAGAUGACGGAGAAUCUGAACUGCCGCCUUCCGUAGACAAAGACAAUGUUUGGGUCGAGCAGGCGAGGGGACUGGCAAAAACAUGCACCAAUGAUGAUGACUCAGACACCGGGCUGAGUUCAAUGCACAGCCAGGAUUCAGAUAACGCACCUGUUUGCGAGUCACUUGUGUGACGGAACGAGUUAGAAAUCGUAAUAGGCGGGAAUCGUGAAAUUCGGCGCGAACUCAGGGAACAUUUCGCCUCUGUUGAUUUCACGAGUAUUCUCUCUUCAUAAGAGAAGAAUGCAUGUAAAUUAUACCAGUGUAGUGUUAUGAUCGCCUCACUCUCUAAUUGCCUCACUUAUACACAUGGAGAAUAGCUAGUAAGGUGCAGCUUACCAAAUUAUAACUAAUUAACCAAUGCAUAGACUGAGAUGUCCACUGUGUGCUGACUAAUGUUGUAAUAACAACACUAUGUAUUUGUUCUACGUAGCCUUAUGUUUGAAAGCUAAAAUUAGAGUUUUGUGGGUUUUUACUCUGUUUCACGUGUAUUAAAUUCCACGUCAUUCUUUAAUGCAGAAGUAAGCCUAUGGGCGAGACUUCCGGUUCAUUAGCCGCCAGCUACAUGUAAAUAACGAGAAGACAAGCAGUAAACGGUAAAACUGUUUGCACUACAAACCAGUGUUCAUAAUUAAUACAUUAAAAUAAUAUGGUGUGACACACCAAUUUGCAAUAUGAAGCAGCAAAACAAGCUGUUUUGUAUAGGUAUAAAUAGCUGAACCCAGACCCAUAAAAUUGCCCCGCCCAGUCUUAUGGGAAAAAUAAGGUGACUAUAUGUAUGGAAAAUAUAUGUGACGCUGGAUCACAAAACCAGUCAUAAGAGUCAAUUUUUUUUAAAUUGAGAUUUAUACACUAACUGAAAGCUGAAUAACUAUUUGAAAAUCUGGAAUCAGCCAAAAAAAUCUAAAUACUGGAGAAAUUGCCUUUGAAGUUGUCCAAAUGACAAAUACUCCAAAUGCAUAUUACUAAUCAAAAAUGAAGUUCAUAUAUAUUUACAGUACAAAACCUACAAAAUAUCUUCAUGUAACAUGAUCUUAAUAUCCUAGUGAUUUUUGGCAUGAAAGAAAAAAUUAUAAUUUGGACCCAUACCAUGUGUUUUUGGCUAUUGCUACAAAUAUACCUGUGCUUUUUAAGACUGGUUUUGUGGUCCAGGAUCACAUAUAUGGGAAAAUAUUGAAAAAUAUUACUCGUGGAGCAUAUUGGCUAUUUAAAAAUAAAAAGGAUGAGCCUUUAAAUAUGCCCCGCCCACACUUCCUUGUAACAGGAAAUAUGUCAACAUAGAAAUAAAAAUCUGACCAAUGCAGCUGUAGUUAAAAUCACAAAAAUGAACCAUGAUUUGCUAGUUAGUUGUUAGGGGGCGGGGCAUUUUGACUAUAUAGAGAAUCUGAUUGGAUAAAAAAAAAACAUUCAAAAACAUACAUUUUUUUAACGCUUAGCAUUUAGAAUUCCUCAAAGUUAACGCACAAGAACUAAAAACCACAAAACUCUAAUUUUGAUUAAAUGGGGUUGAGAAUUAUUUAUUGUGCAACAUUUAGGCAGAUGAAAUAUCUGCAUUAAGCAACUAUGUGCUAAUCACUUCCAUGUUCACCAGCUGACUAAAUACAGCAGAAUGAGCUUUUACUCAAGAAAUCAAUUUGCAUAACCAGGAAACAUCCUGACGGUGGGAACUAAAGCUGUGGGAAUCAAAAGGUGCGUGCGACGCUCUACUGUUUAUUCAUGCUUCUGAGGAGCUGAUGCAUGAAUGCCUGUUUGCUCACUGUAAAGAGAAAGACUGAAGCAAUUUCAACAAAACUGCUCUAAUUAAACUAAAUGUACAGUCUGCUAGA